AUGGCGUCCGAGCGAAGUGUCAGCAAAAAGUUAAUCAACAAGGUCGGUGACUGUGAACGUGAAUGUUGUGAGGGACUUGUGGCUGUAAACCCAGGACUGAGUCUUGUUGAAGGUUACAACGUUAUUGUCCGCACUGAUGCCCAAGAUUAUGUGAGACAGGGAAAGGUUGUGCUGAUCAGUGGUGGAGGCUCAGGACAUGAACCAGGACAUGCAGGAUAUGUGGGCAAAGGUGGACUAACUUCAUGUGCUUGUGGCUCUGUGUUUACCUCACCACCCCCAGGAUGCAUCUUGGCUGCAGUGAAUGCAGCAUGCCAACAACAGAAAGGAUGCCAGGUACUCAUGAUUGUGACUAACUACACCGGUGACCGUCUGAACUUUGGCAUAGCUUGUGAGAGAGCGAGACUCAAAGGUCACCAGACAGAGAUGGUUGUAGUUGGAGAAGACUGUGCCUUAGAUUCUGUGGACCAUUCAGCUGGUAGACGAGGCUUAGCUGGCACCAUGUUAAUUCAUAAGAUUGCUGGAGCUCUGGCAGAACAAGGGAAGAACUUGGAGUAUAUAGUGACAGCCUUGAAUUCAAUUAAAGAAAGAAUGGGUACCAUUGGUUUGUCCCUGUCCCCGUGUUCUGUUCCUGGAUCAGGCCCAUCCUUCACCCUACAAUCAGAUGAGAUGGAACUAGGACUUGGUGUGCAUGGAGAAGCAGGUGUACGAAGAAUGAAGGUUCAGACAGCUCGUGAUGCUGUCAAGACAAUGAUGGAUCACAUGACCAACACUCAGACUUCCACACACAUUGAUGUUAAGUCAGGUGACAGGGUAGCACUGUUGAUAAACAAUCUGGGAGGGACAUCUGUACUGGAGCUCAACAUAGUUGCUAAAGAAGCUAUCUCAUACCUUGAAAAUCGGGGUGUGUCUGUGGACAGGGUGUUUUGUGGUGUGUUCAUGACAUCACUUGAAAUGGCUGGGAUUUCCAUCACCGUGCUGCAUGUCGAUGAUGACAUUAUAGACUAUUUAGAUUUCCCCACUGAUGUGCCAGCUUGGCGGGCUCCAUAUUUAGCUGCUGGUAUGAGAAUAAGGAAGACUCCAGGUUUGGUUUCAGUGGAAUCAGAAGAUGAGUCACUGUCUGAUGCUGGUGCAGCCAGACUUGAUCCAGCAUCUGCAGCUCUAGUGUUCAAGGCAGUCCAGUCUGCUUGUCAAAAACUGGUGGCUAUGGAGAAAGAACUGAAUGAUCUAGAUACACAGUCUGGAGAUGGAGACUGUGGUUCUACUUUAACAUUAGGUGCCAAAACUGUCUUAGCUAAGCUUGGCUCAGCGAGUCAGCCAGGUCUCCCUGUCGACUGUCCACACACUCUGGCACUUAGCUUGGCACAGAUUACAGGCAAUGUCAUGGGGGGAUCAUCUGGGGCACUCUACAGUCUGUUUUUUACUGGGGCAGCCCAAGAACUGAAGGUGGCAAACAGGGACAGUUUAUCUGCUGCUUUAGGAACAGGACUCCAGGCCAUUAUGAGAUACGGCGGUGCUAAACCUGGAUAUCGCACAAUGGUUGACCCUCUCAAUGCUGCCUAUAGAAGUCUUGUAUCCAGUGGAACAAGUGGCAAGAGCAUUGCAGAGGCUUUGAAAACAGCAGCAGAGGAAGCCAGAUGUGCAGCACUGGAUACAGCUAAAAUGGAUGCCCAGGCAGGAAGGGCCAGUUAUGUUAAUAAAAGUUUGUUGACAAAACCUGACCCAGGAGCUGUGGCUCUAGCUGAGUGGUUCAAGGCUGCCACUGAUGUCUUGUAG